AUUUAAUUGACAAUCACGUGCCACCCUUGGUCUUUAUUUAACCUCCCUUAUUGACCUCUCAUUUUUGUUUCCUAUACCGACUUUUUUAUUAUAAUGCCUGCAAUGAAGUUGGUGGUGGGGCUUUUCAUCCUCACGGUGGUUGCCGCCGGAAAGCUUGCCGGAGCUCAGGUCGUACACCAUGUGGUUUCCGGUGACCGUCCAUCAGAUACCUCCACGGAUGUUGGUCCUUGGUCCUCCGGCCGUAUUUUCCGAGUCGGAGACAGUCUAUUGUUCAGGUACUUCUCACCGCACGAGAUCAUCGUGGAACUUGCAAGCAUGGAAGAAUACUAUUCGUGUGAUCUAACCAACCCCAUAAAGAUGUAUACAGAUCACGUGAAUGAAGUGCCCCUAGAAAAGGAAGGUAUCCGCUACUUCGCAAGUGGGUCGUACGACAAGUGCAAAAAUGGUCUUAAGUUGCCGGUACAAGUAAAGCCACGUGAGGUCCCUGCAAUGGGCCCCAGCCCAUCGUCUGCAACCCAUUUAAAUGGCCUUUCAGCCCUAAUCUUUAUUGGGCUUUUUAUUUAUGGGCUUUAUUAUUCUCUUUAAGUAUUUGCUGCUACUAGAUUUUAUGUGGAAUUUUGUUACGGUUUUUAUGUCCAAGUAUUAACGGAGUUGUACAGUACAACUCAAUGAUGCAUCGAUUUAUGUGUGUGAUGUAUUGUUAUGUUAAUAAGUUGUUUGUUUGUUAAUGAAUAAAUUGAUUUGAUCAUAAGC